AUGGCCGAUCGAUUCUCAGCGCGGCACUCGAAUGCCUCGGAUUCCGAUUCGCAACACACCUUUCACAUCGCGCAAAAUGCCCCUUCGACGCUACCAAAGCCACCGGCGCCCGCGGUCGUCCGAAACUCGUCAGGAGAAUUCAAUGAGAAGCGGGAUGCUGGUAGCGAUCAUGAUGUCGAAAAACAGGCCAGCAGGUCACCUCGCAGGAGUCCAGACAUGACCGAGCGAUAUAACCCUUCCUUUGGACGCUCCCCAUACCAGUCGAGCAUGUCUUCAGAGGAAGACGACCAUCUGGUAGACCAACGUCUGCAUCUGGAAUUAAAGGCGAUCAAGAUAUUGCUGUACCUCUCUGGACCCUGUGUCUUGGUCUCUUUUCUUCUCUGUAUCUGGUCCUUGAUCAUCUCCUUCUUCACUGUCAUCACUUACCCUUUACGACUCUUCUCUGCCUCUCGCCAACCACUCUCUGACGAGCUUCGAUCUCUUCUUGCUCGCUCCAACCGUCUCCAACUACGAGCCAUCUAUUCCUUCGACAUCACUCAAGGCAAGAGCGUCUCCAGUCUGCUGCUGGUUCAUGUUCUGUCACCCUUCACCGCCAUGGCUGUAUCCAUUAGUGCAUGGGCUGUCGCCAUCUACUGGGUCUUUGCUGCCAUGAUUGGCGACCCUGACGGCACUGAAGGUGGAAAUGACGGCAGAGCUACUGUUCUUGGCCUCAGAGCAUACUGGGAGAUAUGGCUCUGCAGGGCCAUGAUCCAAUAA